UCCCCGAAGCACUUACAAUCAGUCAUUCACACACACAUUUACACGCUGGGGAUGAGCUAUGAGCUGCCCUGGGGCGUACUGGCAGAGGCGAGGCCUACCAACCAGGUUAAAGAGCAAGUCACCCCCAACCCUACUUGCUCCACUCCCACUUCCUGUUUUAAAAUUGUAACAAAUACUGUUACCCAAGAGGGCGGAGCCACUAACAAAUAACACGCACAGGCUCACGACGACAUUUCAACAUCAUAAUGUACCAGCUAACAUCAUAGGGUACCUCUUAGCCAACAGCGACGGCAGAUUUGAAUUCAAAUGCAGCGCAGAGUUUUUACCUGAAGAGUGCACAACAGUGGCAGUUUUAGGCAGAAUAUUUAAAUUUCAACUAAGAUGCACUAAAUUUCCAAAAUGCGUCUGCAGCACGAUUAGAUACUCAUUUAAAAAGUUUAUCAGCAAAAAAAAUAAAAAGUGGAUUUGGGGGUGACUUGCUCCAACAGUCUUGCCAAGGGCACAACAGCAGCAUUCUGUGGUGGGAGCCGGCAUUAAACCUGCAACCUUCCGAUUACUGGACAACCCGCUCUACCGCUGUCGUGGUCGCACCGACCUUAUGUUCAUCUUCACCGCAAAUACAUGUGUAUAGCUUCUCUUCCAGGGUUCAGUAAAGGAAACCUUUCAUCAGAUUAACAGAAAAACGUUUGAAUUUUGAGUUUUAACUUAUAGAAAAAUCCACCCUUGAGCGCUCACGUUGACUCCUUCAGUGCUCCCAUGGUAAGUUUUGCACCCUGAACAAAUUCCUGCAGUAUUUUAGAUACAGUCAGGAACAUUAGCGCUGCUCCUGACUCUCCUAAGUGAACACCUUAGCCCCCGUUACUCCACUGCUGCUUCUCUGUGUUCCCCUAACAGCUGAAAGAGUUAAGAAGAUUUGUCAGCUCGGUGGCAACCAGCCAGCCGGUGAGGGCGGAACCGGUUUCCGGUGGCCAGAGGCAGGCGGCUCACUUGCCCAGGAUUAAGGGGGAUCGAGAGAGAUUACCACCCUCCCUCUUGUUCCUCUGUUGCUCGAUGAAAGCGCACGGCUCUGUCCACCCUCAUGGGAACAGUUCCACUACACGCUCGUUUUUCCUCCUAUCUUUAGAGGACGUUGAACCUGACGGAGAAGGUGGACAAAGGGCUGGACAGUCUCAAACAGCCUCCGGUGUGGAGGUUUACUGACCCUCCUGGUGAGUGGUGAACAGGUGGUCGGGAUCAGAGGUGGAGGGUCCAGCGAUCAUGAGGCAGGCGGUGGAGGCUCAGGUGUUAAACCCUCACUUAGAGCUUGGAGAGCAAGGUCUUCGUCAGAUCCUGUCUGAUGUGAUCGAGGAGGUGAGGCGUUCAGUCGGCCAGGAUAUCGACGGAGCAGAGGUCCUCCACAGCCUGCUGACCUCCUCUUGGCUGCAGUCGCUCCUCAAGGUGUACGAGUGUCUUCAGAGGCACCUGAGAGAGUCUCCAGCUCCAGUUCUAGAUUACGCCUCAGGAAUGUCCCUUCAGCUGCUGAUAGACAUCAGGUCGGUGCCCUGCUGCUCCGAAGAGGCCAAGGAGCUCUACUGCCUGCUGCGUCAGCCUCACCUGCAGGCCCUCCUGUCAGCUCAUGACACAGUGGCCCAGAAGGACUACGAUCCCGUUCUGCCUCCGAUUCCCGAAGAGCUUCCAGAGGACGAGGAGGCGACUCGGAUCGUCUGUCUGGUGAAGAACAACCAGCCUCUGGGAGCGACUAUAAAGAGAAACGAGAUCACAGGAGAGAUUUUUGUAGCUCGUGUGAUCCACGGAGGGCUGGCUGAACGGAGCGGUCUGCUCCAUGCGGGGGACCGCGUCAUAGAGGUGAACGGGUUUUGUGUGGACGGGAUGGAGCCUGAGCAAGUCAUCCAAGUAGUGCAAGCUUGCUCUCAUGGAACCAUCAUGUUUAAGGUGAUUCCCAUCACAGAGAGACCUGUCCACAACCAGACCAUGCUGUAUGUUCGGGCCAUGACUGACUACAGCCCCCAGCAGGACCCCUCCAUCCCCUGCAUAGAUGCUGGGAUGAGCUUCAGGAGGGGGGACAUCUUAGAGAUCGUUGACCAGACCGACACCCUCUGGUGGCAGGCCAAGAAACUACAGAGUAACUCGGCCUGUGCUGGACUCAUCCCCUCCACAAACCUGCUCAAGCGGAAGCAGAGGGAGUUCUGGUGGUCUCAGCCCUACCAGCCUCAUGCCUGCACCCAGACCCUGAGCACCGUCGAUGAAGAGGAUGACAUGAUUGCCAUUGAUGAUAAAUGUGUCGAAGCAGACGAGGAGGCGUUUGAAUCUGAGGAGCUCAUAGAAGAGGAGGAUGACUUCAGCAGCAACAUUGAAGGAAUGUAUCUGGCGGGCUUCAGGCGCAGCAUGCGUUUGUGUCGGCGGCGCUCUGUCAGCACCACCCAGCUGUCCUGUCACACCCGCUGUCCCAGUAGCUGCUGCAGUUCGCUCAACAACCCGUUUGAAGAGGUGGUGCGGUACCAGCGCCACCCAGAGGACAUGCAUCGCCUUAUUGCCCUCUUAGGUCCAUCUGGUGUGGGUGUGAAUGAACUUCGAAGACGCUUGAUUGAGAUGAACCCAAACAUUUUCCAGGGAGCCGUACCUCACACCACAAGAGCUCCCAGAGGUUAUGAGGAGUUUGGUCGAGAAUAUUACUUCACUAGCCGGGAGAGUUUCGACAACAUGAUCUACAACAACAGGUUCCUGGAGUAUGGUGAGUACAAAGGGAGUCUUUAUGGGACCAGCGUCGAUGCUGUGAAAGAAGUCCUGAACAACGGAAAGAUCUGCGUUAUUGACGUUGAACCGAAUGCUUUACAGUCAUUGAGGACUCAUGAACUUAAGGCGUUCAUCAUCUACGUGAAGCCUCCUUCUCUGGAGUGCCUCAGAACCACCAGAAAGGAAUCAUACAUCACCACCAACUACUAUGUCAACCGACCAUUCAAGGAUGAAGACUUCCAGGAGAUGGAGGAAGCAGCCCGGAAGAUGGAGUCACAGUACUGGCAGUACUUUGAUCAGGUGAUCAUCAAUGAUGAACUGCAGGAUUCCUGUGUCCAGCUGCUGACGGCGGUGAGGAGGUCUCAGGAUGAGCCACAGUGGGUUCCUGCCAGCUGGAUACGACCCACUGCAGAAUCGUGAGAGCAGGAAGCAGGACAAGGCACAGAUAGAAAUCCAAACACGAAAGAUCUGCGGCUGGAGGUUUGAGGGCACAAAAAGUGUAAAUACUCUGAUGCGUGUUUGUUGAAAUCUGGUUUCUGCUUGUUAAGUCGCUUAAAUCCCAGAAGAUAACACAAAGAUUGGACUGAAGCCCUAAGAAAUCCCUGAAACUGUGUCAGAGUCUGUCAAUGUCUUAUGACUUUAUUCUUGUCAAGGCGGUAGGAAAAAUGUUCUGUGUUUGAAUUUAAUUAAAUUGUCUCAAUUCUCGGUGUAGCUUUAAUUUUCACAAAACCAAAUUCAUUUUCAUUUCAUUUUUACUCGUACCCAUUUCAUUCCUAUUUGCACACCUGCUAUUAUUAUGAUUUGGUUUUCUAAGCGACUCUAAGAAAUAAAGUGUUUCUAUUGUUCA